AUGAGGGUUCUUCUAUCAAUUUUGAGCGGACGUGCAAUCAAAAUAGAAGAUAUUCGAAGUACACACGAUGAUCCUGGUCUCAGAGAGUAUGAAGUUAAUUUAAUACGUCUCUUGGAUAAAAUUACAAACGGUACGAGGGUUGAACUUAGUGAGACUGGCACAUCAAUGUACUUUCAGCCUGGUAUUUUAGUUGGUGGGCAAGUCACACAUACAUGUUGCACACAAAGAGGAAUAGGUUACUACUUAGAGGUUCUGUUAGCUGUAGGACCAUUUUGUAAGGAGCCUUUAAAUGCUGUGCUCCAAGGUGUAACACAUCAUGAUCUGGAUGUUUCUGUAGACAAAAUCAAAUCGGCAGCUCUGCCAGUACUAUUAAAGUUCAUACUUGUAGAUGAUGGCUUAGAACUAAAAGUAGUCAGAAGAGGUGCACCGCCUCUUGGCGGUGGUGAGAUAGUUUUCCGUUGCCCCGUGCGCCGUCACCUUCGACCGCUGCAGUGGACGAAAUGGGGACUGGUAAAGAGGAUACGCGGAGUUGUGUACGCUUUGCGUGUCUCUCCAACUAUGGCUAACAGAGUGGUGGAGUCAGCAAAGGGGGUGAUGAUAAAGUUUCUUCCCGACGUAUACAUCAACACAGACCAGUGUAGGGGUCCCAAUGCUGGCAAAAGCCCCGGGUUUGGUGUUAGUUUGGUCGCUGAGACAAAUGAGAAGACAUUUUACUGUGCAGAAGCUAAAUCGUUGGAAGCAGGUAGCGGAGAAACUUCACUACCAGAAGAUGUUGGUAACGAAUGUGCACUGAAGCUUUUGGACGAGAUAUAUCGUGGUGGCGCAGUAGAUUCCUCGUUUCAAUGGCUGUUAGCAUUGUGGAUGGCGUUGGGACAAAAAGAUGUCAGCGAAUGUGUUGUGGGGCCACUAUCAGACUACACAAUUAGUUUUUUACAACACCUGAAAGAAUUCUUUGGAGUCAUGUUUAAACUCGAAGUGCUGCGGUCAGAGUCGGAGGACGAGGCAUCCGAUGACGACGAAGAGCACGUGACUAAAGCUCAGAAGGUUAAAAUGACUUGCGUUGGAAUUGGAUAUGUUAAUAUUAGUAAGAGGACAUUGUAA